AUGGUGCAGGAACUCCACGUAUGGGGUCCAGCAUUUGGCCUCCCCUCGCUGGAGCCCGAAUGCAUUGCCACGGUCGCCUACUGCCGGCGCGUGAUUCCUCGAGGACAAUGGUCGUUGAUUGCAGACUACAAUCCAACCGUCGGCACAACGGAGAGUCUACCAAUCCUCUUUGAUGAUGGCGUUGCCACUGCAUCCGGCUUCGAGGACAUUGUCGCGUAUCUUCGCAAUUACCCCACAGUCUCCAACGACCUAGAUGCUGGUCUCUCGAGCGGCCAGCAGACCGACCGGACUGCAUACUGCACGUUCCUCCAGUCUACGGCAACCCCGCUGAUCGACCUCUCGCUGUACGUUUCGGCCGAAAACUACAACAAGACUACUUCGUCGGCCUAUACCGCGGUCCUGCCAUGGUAUGCAAACUAUACAAUUCCGCCAAGGCGGAGGGAACUGGCGAGGAACAGAACUGCACACAUGGGAUUGAGCAGCUUGGAUGUAGAUACUAGCGCCGAGGAAGGAUUCGCACCAGGACGAGGAACUGCAUCCUCGGAAUAUGAGGCUGCUAAACGAGCAGCCGGUAUACCCACGGAGAGCCAGCCCAAGACGCUGAGCAUCGGACGCGGCAAGGGUCUUGGUGGUCUGUUGGGCGGGCAGAUGUAUGCUGCUCGCUUCAGACUGGAUGCUCUUUCGGCAGAACUUCUGGAUCCACUGUCGGAUCUGUUGAGGAAAAACAAGUACUUGUUUGGCGGAGAUGAGGCGUCGAGUUUGGACUGCCUGGCUUUUGGGUACCUGUCCUUACUCAUGUACCCGACAGUGCCCCAGGCAUGGAUCAGGGAGACCAUCCGGACAAAGUACCCGCGCAUCGCAGCAUACGUAGGCAGACUGCACAGGGAUCUCUUUGACGAGGAGGAGAUUAAGCCUGUCGAGGUCUGGGCUGUGUCAAGCGGCAAAUCAAGGACUGCAGCAGGUACAGUGCUGCCAUGGACAGCAAGGCCAGCAGGUUUCGGGGCGAGCACCGUUGGGUAUGCAGAGGAGAUUUUGGGGAAUAUUCCCGGCAUCCAUGCAUUGGUCCAAGGGCGGACGAUUGUGGCCUCGGGGCCUUUGGUGGUGUCGCAGCGUGCGCGGUCUGAGCUGCCAUCGCGGUUGGUCCUCAAUACACUGUCCCGCGCGCCCACGGCGUCGCAGAUCCAGAGCCCUCCGCCGCCCGCAUCCUCGACCAAGAGCGGGCGCUUCUUUGGCAAGGGCAACAUUGGCCACACCUUCCGCCACAAGUCUGCCGGUGCCUUCGGACCCGAUCUUGCAAAGAAGCUCUCACAACUCGUCAAGAUGGAAAAGAACGUGAUGCGCAGCAUGGAGCUGGUAUCGCGAGAGCGCAUGGAAGUAGCGCAACAACUGUCCAUUUGGGGCGAGGCUUGCGACGACGAUGUCUCUGACGUCACGGACAAGCUCGGUGUCCUCAUCUACGAAAUCGGUGAGCUCGAGGACCAAUACGUGGAUCGCUACGACCAGUACCGUGUGACUAUUAAGAGCAUUCGCAACAUCGAGGCCUCGGUCCAGCCCAGUCGUGACCGAAAGCAGAAGAUCACGGACCAGAUUGCCCAAUUGAAGUACAAGGAGCCCAAUUCGCCCAAGAUUGUUGUUCUCGAGCAAGAGCUUGUCCGUGCCGAGGCCGAGUCCCUGGUCGCCGAGGCUCAGCUGUCCAACAUUACCCGUGAGAAGCUCAAGGCAGCCUUUACAUAUCAGUUCGAUGCCAUGCGGGAACACUGCGAAAAGCUUGCCAUUAUUGCCGGCUACGGCAAGCAUCUUCUUGAAUUGGUCGACGACACCCCCGUGACGCCUGGAGAGACGCGCCAGGCCUACGACGGCUACGAGGCCAGCAAGGCCAUCAUCCAAGACUGCGAGGACGCUCUGACCAACUGGGUUUCCCAGAACGCCUCUGUCUCAGCCAAGCUAUCUCAGCGAUCACGGACCCUCUCGCAGCGCCGCCGCAACCAGAGCCGCAACCGCGCCGAGGGCAUCGAUCUCUCUGGGCAAGACCAGGCCCUAGACCGGGAGUCUGGUCUGUGGAUCCCUGCCUCGGAACAUCAAGGUAACGGCUACGAGGACCACGAGGGGCAGGAUGAUCUCGACGACGAGAACACAUCUACUAUUGCUAGCGAGCACCAGCGCGGCCGCGAGGAGGCGAGAAUGGUGGCUGCUUAAUGGUGGUGCUGACGGCAUGAGUAGUGUUCCGCUCCAUCUCAACUAAUAGUCCGUCUUCGCAAAGACUGACGAUGUAUACCCCUGAAGGAGCGGACGAUGAUGCGGCAAAUUUACACCCAGCUUUUCAAUCUUAUGUAGCGUGGGCUAUGUGAGGGAGACUUUCUGGAUAACUUGCUCUCACGGCAGGUCGGGCUUGUUUUGUAUGCAGAUAUCACGGUUUGUUUGACGAUUUUAUGGUGCACAGCGUUCGCGGUAGCUUUCUGUAAUGAAGAUGA